GAAUCAGCGAAUACCAGUCAAUUGAGGGUGACUCUGUCAGCUUGCCUUGCAACAUCAGUGCUGGCGAAUGGAACGAAGCACACAUAUCACUGGUGGUGUGGUACCGGUCGGGCAACCAGGGCAACCCCAUAUACUCCAUCGAUGCUCGCAACUCGCUCACUUCUUCUCGCCACCAAGUCAUCGCCGAGCUGAACGGCAGAGCGCGAAUGGACUUUAGCAGCAGGCCGCCAGUGCUGCAGAUGGACUCGGUGAAGGCAGAGGAUGGUGGCGAUUACCGCUGUCGUGUUGAUUACCGAAAAAAUCGAACACAACAAUUUCUCAUCCAUCUCAACGUCUCUGGUUCCCCGCCACCAGUGGUGAUAUGGCGAUCCAAUGAUGGUCGAAUCAUUGACGAGACGUACGAGAGUCUGGGCGCAGGCACAAAUGUUACACGAAACGGCCUUACACUGCCGCGCAUUGAGCGAAGUCACCUUCUGCAGGAGAUUACUUGCGAAGCAUUCCCACCACUGGUCGCCAGUGGACCCUCAUCGCCUUCCUCGACGCCUUUGGUGCUCUCCUCGCCGAGACACUCUUCCCUUUCCUUCAUACGUCGCUCCUCAGUCGUCCUCGACCUCAACCUGAAACCGCUGGUCGUUCAAGUUCAAGUGCCCAACUCAGCUUCAUCAAACAAUUCUACUGCCUCUCGUUCUCAUUACACAAGCUCGCAGGAGUCUGAAGGCGCUGUUUCACCAAAUGAUGCAACCAAUUUGACCGUCUCCGUUCUAAGCUACACGGCCGCUCCUGAAGACGACGGCGUGCGGCUGACCUGUCGGGCAGACAAUCUUCAGCUGAGCAACGAAGAGCUAGAAGACUCGGUAACCAUUUCCGUCCGAUGGGCGAAAAUUCCUGAAACAAUGCGUGAAGGCUCUGACGUUUACUUUGAGUGCCUGGUGCAUGCUAAUCCACCGCUAACAGAAGUCGUGUGGCUCUUUGAAGGCCGUCCAUUGGUGAACAAUCCACUUGCUGGAAUACUGGUCACCAAUCUCUCUCUGGUGAUGCAGUCCAUUCGACGUGAACACCGAGGGCACUACCAGUGCAUAGCAUCCAACUUGGAGGGUGUUUCAGCGUCCAACAAAGUCUUCCUCAACGUCCUCUUUGCACCCGUUUGCAGGCCAGGACAGACAAUCAUCUACGGGGUGGCUCGCACCGAGCAGGUGCUCAUUCCCUGUGAAGUAGAAGCCGAACCAGUGACGCCAAUCAACUUUCGCUGGUUCUUCAACAACUCACUGGAAAGUUACGAACUACAGAAGAGUGACUUUACAGUGGAGCUGCUCAAAACUCCGCCGUCAGGCUUAGCCUCUGAACACGGCAAAACACUGUACUCAAGCUCAACACUACUUAGUCAGCUGUCGCUGGAGAGCGUCCUCAGCGGCCUAGUGGGCAACGCUUUAAACGGUCCCAGCGUGGCUCGAAGCAAUGCCACUUACUCGCCUCGAAGUCGUCUUGGCUAUGGAACGCUCUUCUGUCUGGCGGAGAACUCCAUUGGCGUACAACGCGACCCUUGCGCAUUCAACAUCGUCGAAGCCGGCCCGCCAAAUUCAGUUCACGACUGUCUCAUAGUCAACGUGACGAUGACAUCUUUUGUGCUCAAAUGCAUUCCUGGAGAAAACGGUGGUUUAAGGCAAAUAUUCCAUCUUGAGGUGUACAACAUUGAGAAAGAACAUCUUCAAGUAAACGUUACCUCGCUUGAAGCACCCAUCUUUACAGUGGAAAAUUUGCCUCACAACACUGCUUUUACUUUAAAUGCAUUCAGCUCCAAUGCCAAAGGACGUAGUGAUUCGGUCACUCUUCGGACGGCGACCACUGCUCAUGCCGAGAAGCAUACCACCAACGGAAAAAAUACUUCCGUUUCAAAUGGAGGUAGCAAUGGAGGUGGUGGUAGUGGCAACACUGCCAACACUGCAACAGACUCCACUGAAGCACUUAAAGAGAGCUACAGUGUGGCUCACUCCUCGACGAUGCACUCAAUUGAUGAGUACAUUCUCCGAUCUCAGUACCCGGCCGGACAGGCGGCACUGAACAGUCAGACUUAUUAUCGCUUUCAGCCGCACUCUGGCACUUUGCCACUGCUGCAGCACUCACAUGGUCUGCUCAGCAGCGCCAGCCACAGCAACACCUCUGACAUGGCACUCACCGAGAUGUCCCUAGUGAAUGGCGGUGGUGGUGGCGGCGGUGGUGGCGGCCAGAUGGAGACGAGCAGCUACUACUCGGCAAGCAAUCCCACCUAUCCACCAGAUCCGAGUGCUAUACUGCACCACGCACAGCAGACACCAAGUGACCUUAUGACGAAUGCGUUCACCUACAACGUCAACAGCUCAACUGCCUCGGCAGGCCUCUACCCCAUCUCCACUGGUCUGGUUGCAAUAGCCAACAGCAAUGCCAAUCAACACCAGCAUCAACAUCAACAUCAGCACCAACAUCAGCAUCAGCGGACUUACACUGAGAUUGGCCAGUGCGGCCCCGUGAAUGGUGGCAACCCUGGCUCCGACCUGCCACACCACGUGACGACGCUGGGCCCCAUGCUCGGCUGCCUGGACAGUCUCUCCUCGUCGACAUCAGACAAAACGGCCGAAGAGGACGAUGAGUGGCACCUGCCGAAGCACCACACCAUGAUGCUCACUCGAAAUGGCCCACUACCUCAGCACACGCAGUCAUCCCAGCAGCCGUACUUGACCUAUGUACGCUCUAAUGAG